UCUCCAGAUUUCUCUGACCAACUUCUACAAAGAUAACGUUUUCUUUUCUGAAUCAAUUAUAUAAAUAUUUUUUUGAUCUAGGCUUUAUUGAUUUGAUUUGUUAAAGAAGGAUAAUACCUGCACGUGUGUAUAAUCCUUCUUUAACAUUAAACAAAGGCCUGCAUUUCACAUAAAGUUUAAAUGUUUUGAAAAUAAAAUAAAUAAAUAAAUAAAUAAAAAUGGCGGCGCUCAUAAUAGCAAGAGGCGUCGUGGGUUAUUUUAAAGCGAAGCCUUUAUUUGAACGGUCUUUUAAACUACUGACAGGUUGCUGGACAUCUGAGAACUGCGGACACCUGUGGACUACCCCUGAUUGCACCACACCCACUGGACUCAUCGCUCACUAUGACAAUCUGGUGAACUCUAAGAUCCUCCUUGAAGACAGUCUGCAGAAAGCAGCACUUUGGCAGCUUGAGAAGUUGAGUGGAGAAAUGGCAAGAUAUACCAACCUACCACUUUAUCUUUCAGAGAAAAUGAAGAGAAAGGACAAAAUGUCCAAAUCAGAGCAUAGAGCUAAGAACAAGGAAAGUGUAAAGGAUGUUGCUUUGAGAGAAGACACACAAGAAGAUGAAGGGUAUACUGAAAAGGAUAGUUUGAAGCCGCCUCCCCCUCUUGGAUGCUACGUUCACGGUGGCGUUGGCACUGGAAAAACGAUGCUGAUGGACAUGUUUUACUCUCAUGUAGAAAAUCGGAGGAAAAAAAGACUUCAUUUUAACGCCUUUAUGUUAGACAUACACAGAAGGAUCCACCUUCUGAAGCAGAGUCUGCCGAAGGGAAGCUCGGGCAAACUGACAAUGCACGACCCCAUCUUCCCUGUUGCUAUGGAGAUCGGCGAGGAAACCUGCCUCUUAUGCCUGGAUGAGUUUCAGGUGACUGACGUUGCCAGUGCCAUGAUUCUGAAGCAGCUCUUUGAAGGCUUGUUUACAUGUGGCGUGGUCCUCGUGGCCACCUCCAACCGACCACCAGAAGAACUCUACAAAAACGGUCUUCAGAGAGCUGCUUUUGUGCCUUUCAUUCAUGUGCUCAAGGAGUAUUGCUGCGUUAUCAGACUGGACCCAGGAUUAGAUUACCGCAAGAGGGAGAUGGAAGCGGCGAGAAAACUUUAUUACACAUGCAGUGAACUGGACGCCGAGGUCGCCGUCAAUACGCUGUUCCGACAGUUGGCUUCCAGACAAAACGAUGUAACCAGGCCGAGAGCGUUGAAGGUGCAGGGCAGAGAGCUGACGUUACACCGGACCUGCGGUCGCGUCGCUGAUUGCACCUUCCAAGAGCUAUGUGAGCGUCCAUUAGGAGCAAGCGAUUAUCUGGAGAUCGCUCAUCGUUUUGAUACAGUCAUCAUCCGUAACGUGCCUCGGCUGAAGGUUGCUCUAAAGGACCAAGCCAGGCGCCUCAUUACACUUAUCGACAUCUUCUAUGACCAGAAGGUGAGGGUAGCGGUGUUAGCCGAAGCCCCCCUGUACCGUCUCUUUGAUGGAGGCUCUAUGUCUGGAGAGGAAGAGCGGGAUCGUCUGAUGCUCGACGAGCUCGGCCUCACUAAUGAAGCGGCGAAGCGUCUGACGCUGUUCACCUCCGAGGAGGAGAUCUUCGCCCUGCAGAGGACGCUGUCCCGACUCACAGAGAUGCAGAGCAAGCACUACUGGAUUCAAGCAGAGCAUCGGCACAAGUAGCCGCUGCUACAAAGGGACUAAACUAAACUAAACAAAGUGUAACAGUAUAAUAAUACACAUGAAAGAUUAUUCACAUACCGUAUUCACCUUGAAUAGAUUAAAGUCUUUCAAGUGUAUUGCAAUAAUUAAAUUAUAGAAUUUAAUCAUACCACAAGGGGGCACGGUGGCUUAGUGGUUAGCAUGUUUGCCUCACACCUCCAGGGUUGGGGGUUCGAUUCCCGCCUCCGCCUUGUGUGUGUGGAGUUUGCAUGUUCUCCCCGUGCCUCGGGGGUUUCC